AUGGGCGACUUCAAGCUGUCCGCCCAGCUGCCGGGCCACGAGGACGACGUCCGCAGCGUCGCCUUCCCGGACCCCAGCUUCGUUCUCUCCGCGUCUAGAGAUGCCACCGUGCGGGUGUGGAAGCUCCUCUCCAACUCCCCGCCUACCUACGACUGCACCCUGGCCUCGCACGGCACGGCUUUCGUCAACUCCGUUGCCUACGUCCCCCCUUCAUCCAGCUACCCCGAUGGCCUGAUAGUAGCCGGAGGCAAGGACACCAUCAUUGAGGUCCGGCAGCCUUCGAAGACGCCGCAAGACAACGCCGAAGCUCUUCUGCUGGGCCACCAGAGCAAUGUGUGCGCAUUGGAUGUGGCCGAGGAUGGUCGUACAAUUGUAAGCGGCAGCUGGGACACUGAGGCGCGCAUAUGGCAGGUUGGCAACUGGGAGGCCUCGACCGUGCUACGCGGCCAUACCGCCAGCGUCUGGGCAGUCCUUGCCUACGACCGCAAGAUCGUCAUCACCGGUUGCGCCGAUAAGCAGAUCCGAUUCUUCACGAUCGAUGGCAAGCUUCUCCGAUCCAUACAGGGCGGCCCUGACGUCGUUCGAGCUUUAUGCAGGCUGCCUGAAGGUCACCCCUUCGGCGCACAGUUUGCAUCUGCCGGGAACGACGGUGUGAUCCGACUGUGGACCAUCGAAGGACAACAGGUUGCGGAGCUUUUCGGACACGAGAACUUCAUUUAUGCACUUGCGACACUGCCCACCGGUGAACUCGUCAGCUCCUCGGAGGACCGGACCGUGAGAAUAUGGAAGGGCACCGAAUGUGUGCAGACCAUCACACACCCUGCAAUCUCGGUGUGGUCGGUGGCUGUUUGUCAGCAAAACGGAGACAUCGCCACCGGAGCCAGCGACCGCACUGUCCGUGUCUUCAGUCGGGCUCAAGAUCGCCAGGCCGAAGCCAGCGCUAUCAAGGAAUUCGACGACGCCGUCAAGGGCUCUGCCAUUCCCCAACAACAGGUCGGAAAUAUCAACAAGGAGCAGCUUCCGGGCCCUGAGUUCUUGACCUCCAAGUCUGGCACAAAGGAGGGCCAGGUUCAAAUGAUAAGGGAGGACAACGGAAACGUUGCAGCAUACACAUGGUCCACGGCUGCCUCGCAAUGGAUCAACGUUGGUACGGUUGUCGACGCUGUUGGCAGUAGCGGAAAGAAGAUCACCUUCAACGGCAAGGACUACGAUUACGUCUUUGAUGUUGACAUCGAGGACGGAAAGCCUCCGCUGAAACUUCCGUACAACCUGUCCAGCAACCCGUAUGAAACGGCGCGAAAGUUCAUUGAGGACAACAAGCUUCCAAUUUCUUAUCUGGAUCAGGUUACGAACUUCAUCGUCACGAACACCCAAGGCGCCACUUUAGGACAGUCUUCGGGUGCUACUCAACCCCCAGGUUCCGAUCCGUGGGGCACUGAGUCGAGGUACCGUCCGGGUGAAGUAGGCUCAGCUACGCCUGGCAAUACCUCCGCUGCCUCGAAGCCCAAGCUUCUGCCGCAGACCACAUACCUCAAGAUUGACUCGGGCAAUCUAGCCAUCAUCGAGAAGAAAAUCAAAGAGCUGAACCAACAGCUUCUCGACCAAGGUUCUAAGGAUCUCUCUCUCAACGAGAGCGACCUGGCAACUCUUUCCGCUGUUUGUAGACAGCUACAACAGGCAUCGACUGCGAAGGCUGCCUCUACAGCUGGCAUUGACGUCGCUGUGAAGAUCGCGACGACGUGGCCGUCCGAUAAACGACUCCCUGGUCUCGAUCUUCUCCGUCUUCUCGCUGCAGCAUCAGCAACUACUGCCACGCAUACCAGUUCUGGAGAUACCACAAUCGUACAUCUACUUCGGGAUGCCGGCGUGUUCGCUCCCGACUCACCGCCCAACAACGUAAUGCUUGGUGUCCGUGUCUUCGCGAACUUGUUCAGCACGGAGGAAGGCCGGACCAUCAUGGACGGCACGUUCGAGGUGCUUCAUCCUCUCAUCCAACCAUUCAUCCACUCGCACCUCAGUAACCGCAACUUGAUCGUGGCCAUAACUACUCUGUACAUCAAUUGUGCAGUCCUUCUCACAUCACCCAGCCACAAUGCUGAUCGAGCCCUGACGCUGCUUGAUGAUUUGACUAACAUCAUCAACACGGUGGAGGAGCCCGAGGCUAUGUACCGCGCUCUCGUCGGUGCCGGUACACUGCUCUCUCUUGGAGAAGACUUCCGCGCGGCAGCCCAAGAAGUUUUUGACUUUGAGAAAGCGCUUGUGCGUGCACAGCAGAUCAGCAAGGAGGAGAGAGUCAAGUCGGUAGUGACGGAGAUGCGGGAUGAGCUCGCUUCUGUGUCGUCUACUGCCGCAUGA